CCUUUCGAGUGCCCUGAAGCAUUUUAUGCUAUUCAACGUCUUGCACUGGAUCACAAAAUGUAUCCUCACUUCCCUCAACUCCUGGUUACCUUUUUCCAGGGGGCUCUUGACAUGUGGAUUCAAUUUUCUGCUGAGUUUGCAGCUGGUGGAGCAAUCGAUAAGUCAUCCCCUUCCCAACGACAGACGGCACACAUAAAAACCACCAAUGAUGACAAUGAGGGUGCCCUUGGCACUAUCCGCACAUCCCUCUGCUGUGCCCCACACAUGUCAUUAUCACAUUUCAAUUCUCAUUUCAUAUACAAGAAGAAUUAG